AUGCGGCUUAUUAAUAAAUUGGAACUCUUUGCCAAUGUGGUAAACGUCAAGAGUAUUCCUGGUAUUAAAACACGUUAUGGUAACAUUGAUUUUACAAUUAUACGUGAACAAACAGAGGAUGCAUUUUCCGGCCUCGAGCAUGAAACGGUCCCUGGAGUUGUUGAAAAUCUUAAAAUUAUUACUAGGAAACAAUCAUUAAAGAUUGCUCAAUUUGCUUUCAAUUAUGCACAGAAGAAUAAGCUAUCAAAAGUGACAGCAGUUCAUAAAGCCAAUAUAAUGAAAUUAUCCGAUGGUCUAUUUUUGCAAUGCUGUCGAGAGGUUGCCGAAUUAUAUCCUGCCAUUGAGUUUACCGAAAUGAUUGUAGACAAUGCAUGUAUGCAGAUGGUUAUCAAUCCUUAUCAAUUUAAAGUAUUGGUGGUACCCAAUCUUUACGGUAGUAUCUUAAGCAAUCUGGGUGCGGGCCUAAUUGGUGGAGCAGGGUUUGUCCCUGGAUACAGCAUUGGCCGUGAAUAUGUUCUUUACGAGCAAGGUGCUAGGCAUAGCUUUGGCCAUGGGGCAGGAAAAGAUGUUGCUAAUCCUACAGGUUUUAUCAUCAGUGCUGUUGCAAUGCUGCGUCACAUGAACUUACAUACGUAUGCUGAUGCAAUUUACAACGGCUUAAUGAAAGUUAUCAAAAACAAAAAGAUUAAAACUAUCGACAUGGGCGGCCAUGCAAGCACAACUGAGUUUGUGCAAGCUAUGACGGAACAAAUUAUGCCUAUAGUAUAA